AUGAAAAUGAAGCGAAUUCUUGUCACAGGGGGAGCAAAUGGACUUGGCCGACAUAUGGCAACAAAGUUUCUCUCUAGAGGCUUCUAUGUAACAUUAGCAGAUAACGAUACGACGUCUCUAAAAGUACUCGAGCAACUACUUACAAAUGAUUCUUCCGUAUUUCCACCUGAUUCUGGUCGCUCAGCUCAAAGUCACGCUUUAUUUUAUAAUUGUAAUGUCAACGAUGAAGUAUCCGUAUCUUCAUGUAUCGCUGCUACUGUUGAGAAAUUUUCCGGUAUAGACGCCCUCAUUAAUAAUGCUGCUCUUGCAAGUCCAUGGAUCGGCGGCAGAGACAAUCCUGAUACAUCGUUUGACGACGUGCCAAUUUCAAAUUUUCGUAGCUUCAUAGAGACAAAUCUUAUUGGUCCCUACAUUUGUUCUCGUUACGCUGCUCCACAUCUUCGUGCUUCAAAAGGUUGCAUAAUCAAUAUCUCAUCCACCCGUGCUCUCCAAUCCGAGGCCAACAAUGAAGGCUAUUCUGCAAGCAAAGCUGGACUCAUUGGACUUACACAGGCAAUGGCUGUUAGUUUCUCAGGUUCUGGUGUUAGAGUCAAUGCGGUCUCACCCGGAUGGAUCGAUGUCCGUCAUAUGAAUACGAAGCAAUUGGCUCAACAUGGUGAAUCAACUCUUAUUCCUCCUCUAACGGAAUCAGAUCAUUCACAACAUUCUGCUGGUCGUGUUGGUGUACCCGAAGAUAUUACAAAAAUCGUAGAAUUUUUAGUAGAUGAUGUUAACGGAUUCAUUACAGGGCAGAACUUUGUCGUCGAUGGUGGUAUGACUAAGAAGAUGAUUUAUCACGAAUGA